CACCCCAGAGUGCUGUGCUGAUUCACGGUGAGAAGGCUGCCUUUAACCCCACCCACUUCCAUUGUAUCUUUCACAAUAGAGCAAACGAAACAGACACUGCAAUCCAGGGAUUGUCUGAACUCAACCAUCCUGUUUCCCAACUCUGGUCCGCAGGAUGAGUCUCCUCAAGCAAAGGCCGACUUCUCUCAGUCAGUCGGACAUCGUGGAUAUCUACCGGCACGAUCUGAUUGAAGACAAACGUUUCAGACAGUCUGACCCACACGUCUUCAUCGUGUUGGGCGCCUCGGGUGACUUGGCCAAGAAGAAGAUCUACCCCACGCUCUGGUGGCUGUUCAGGGAUGGAUUACUCCCGGAGGAUACGUACGUGGUGGGGUUUGCCCGCUCUGCCCUCACCAUCCAGGGCCUUCGCAACCAAGUGCAGCCCUACCUGAAGGCGACCGAGGGUGAGUUGGACAAACUGGACUGCUUCUUCAGCCGGAACUCCUACCUGCAGGGCAAGUACGGUGAGAGGGCCAGCUUCCAGCAGCUGGACAGCCACAUCGCCUCCCUCCACCACGGUGGCCGGGCCAACCGCCUCUUCUACCUCGCCCUGCCGCCCAGCGUCUACGAGGACGUCACCCGCAACAUCAAGGAGGCCUGCAUGGGCAAGGAGGGCUGGAACCGCGUGAUCGUGGAGAAACCGUUCGGGAAGGACUUGGAGAGCUCGAACAAGCUGGCUGCCCACCUUGCUUCCCUCUUUAAGGAGGAGCAAAUCUACCGCAUCGAUCACUACCUGGGCAAGGAGAUGGUGCAGAACCUGAUGGUCAUCCGGUUCGCCAACCGGAUCUUCGGGCCCGUGUGGAACAGGGACAACAUCGCCUCCGUCGUGCUGACCUUCAAGGAGCCGUUCGGGACGGAGGGCAGAGGGGGCUACUUCGACGAGUUUGGGAUCAUCCGGGACGUGAUGCAGAAUCACAUGAUGCAGAUGCUGUGUCUGGUUGCCAUGGAGAAGCCGGCCUCCACCAACUCUGAUGAUGUCCGGGAUGAGAAGGUGAAGGUACUGAAGAGCGUUUCGGAGAUCCAGAUGGGGAACGUGCUGGUCGGGCAGUACGUCGGGAAUCCGAACGGAGAGGGUGAGGCGAAGAAGGGUUACCUCGAUGACCCCACCGUGCCAGCGGGCUCCACCACCCCCACCUUUGCCACCGUGGUGCUCUACAUCCAGAACGAGCGGUGGGAUGGGGUCCCCUUUGUGAUGCGCUGCGGGAAGGCGCUGAAUGAGAGGAAGGCAGAGGUUCGCCUCCAGUUCCGGGACGUGCCGGGAGACAUCUUCCAGCGCCAGUCCAAACGCAACGAGUUGGUCAUCCGCGUCCAGCCCAACGAGGCCAUCUACACCAAACUGAUGACCAAGAAGCCCGGAAUGUUCUUCAGCCCCGAGGAGACUGAGCUGGACCUCACCUACGGCAGCCGCUACAAGGACGUCAAGCUACCUGAUGCCUAUGAGCGCCUGAUUCUGGAUGUGUUCUGCGGCAGCCAGAUGCACUUUGUCCGGAGUGACGAGCUCCAAGAAGCCUGGAGAAUAUUCACGCCCCUUCUUCACAAGCUGGAGUCUUCCAAAAUUCAACCUGUUCCCUAUGAGUACGGCAGCCGCGGACCCCCAGAGGCCGAUGAGAUGAUGAAGAAGGUGGGCUUUCGUUACGAGGGCACCUACAAGUGGGUGAGCCCCAACAGGCUGUGAGCCCGGCUGCCGGGUGGAAACGGAGAGAGGGGGAGUGGAUGGAGACAGAGAGAGAGAGAGACACACACACACACACACACACACACACACACACACACACACACCACCGACCUUCUACCCUUCCCCAAUCUCCACACCUACCCCCCCACCCCUCCCCGCACCAGUUCCAUCGCACCUCCGGGAAGAACAGAGGACCCCCCUCAGGAUGAUUCCGGCUGGAACGUACAGAACAUCACAAGGCCAGCGUUGCCCGUCGGACCUGAUGAAUGUACUUUUGUUACUUGUAUGCACAGAGAGUGCUGGAGCUUAAAUCACUGCUGUCUUGUCGUUGCUCGUGGAAAGGGGUGGUGAAGCUUCACGGACUGCCUGUGCUGCUGGGUGGGUGGGUGGGUUCUUCUCAGUGUCUCUUCACAGCGCUGGUUUAUUGGUCUGAAAGAACUCGCUAGAACGUUCCCUCCCUCUCACCCACCUCAUCCAGAAAUCACUGCCCGGCUUGGUCACCCUGCACGGAACGCGUUUGGGGUUCUGGAGGAGACAGAUAUACCGAGUGUGUGUGAUGGAACAAUGUGGAGGGAGAUUCACUCUGCCUCUGACCCCGGGAGUGUGUGAUGGGACGGUGUGGAGGGAGUUUCACUCUGUGUCUGACCCCGGGAGUGUGUGAUGGGACGGUGUGGAGGGAGUUUCACUCUGUGUCUGACCCCGGGAGUGUGUGAUGGGACAGUGUGGAGGGAGAUUCACUCUGUGUCUGACCCCGGGAGUGUGUGAUGGGACGGUGUGGAGGGAGAUUCACUCUGUGUCUGACCCCGGGAGUGUGUGAUGGGACGGUGUGGAGGGAGUUUCACUCUGUGUCUGACCCCGGGAGUGUGUGAUGGGACGGUGUGGAGGGAGCUUCACUCUGUGUCUGACCCCGGGAGUGUGUGAUGGGACGGUGUGGGGGAGAUUCACUCUGUGUCUGACCCCGGGAGUGUGUGAUGGGACAGUGUGGAGGGAGAUUCACUCUAUUUUUGUCCUUCUCUCUUCAGGCAGUAUACAUGUUACCGGUUUUAAAAACUACUAAAUUAGGAUUUUUUAAAGACUGCUUAUUAACAACUAAAACACAGAAGGAGGGAAAACCGAUACAAUGUGGGAGAAACCCUUCGGUGUUGAACCGGCUCUGCCGCAGCCCCUCCCUCCCUGCCUGGUUGCCCCCCGUCUCCUCUGGUGUCAUUCUGCCUCCUCUCAGCCUGAGGCGAGGUUCCAGUUUGGAUGAAGAAGGAGCCCAUUUUAUACCCUCUAGAACCUGGUACUGGGGGGUGGGGGGGGGGAAGGAAUAGUCAGGCCACAGGAUUCGGCUGCACCUUCUCGCCUCAUGGCUCACGGACGGAGGCUGCUGGCUCUGCGGCUAAACCAUGGAGUUCACUGUUACCUGACCUCAAAGCUUUGUGCCUGACUUUCCUCUAAACAUUCCUACUUCCCACACUUUAGUCUUGAUAACAACAGUUUGAAGCUGCAUACACUGUGAGAAGGUUUGAAAUGUGACUUGCAUUCCCCUUUUCAGCUAAUUCGUACCCUAAAGAGAGCCCCACUGACUGGGUCUGCUGUAACGGGUCGUUGUGCUGAUUGAAGGGAGAAGAGAGCGCGAAGGGAGGGACACAGUUUGGACUGGGAUCAGUUUUAUAACUACUGCUGUAUAUUUCAGUUUAUUUAGUAAAGACCUUUAGGUACGUGUG